CCUCUGCACAUGGCGGCGCAGCCGUCGCCAGGCCAUUUUGUUUUUGUUGUGGACUGGCAGUCGCGUUUCUCGAAGCGCACCGUGUACGUAGCGGAGCUUGCGGCGCUGUUCUUGUGUUCGUGUAUUCCAGUAACUAAUGGGAAAGUCAAAGGACAGCAUGCCACAGCCAGCAUCAAAGGACACAGCAGCAACUGGUUAUGAUGCGGCAGGGGAUCCAGUUAGAAAGCCAUGCAGUGAGGCACCAACUGGAAACGCCACUGCAGAAGAUCCUCUAAUACCCGGCGGCAGGAUGAAGGUGCCACUGACGCUGGGGCCUGAGUCGUGCACCGUCGUAUGUCCAGCGUGUUACCAAACCAUCCAGACAGACGUGGAGGUCAAAACAACAUCCGAGACAAACGUACUUCCUAUCCUAUGCGAUCUCAUUUCGUGCUGCUGCUGUUGCUGUAUGCUGUUUCUAUGGUUUGAAAACGGCCAUCAUGACCACUCCGUCGACUCCUGCUGUUGCACCGACUGUGAGUGCAGCUAUAAGGAUACCCAUGAAGUGAGGCAACACUACUGCCCCAGCUGUAAAGCUUUCAUUGGGGCUUACGAGAAAUAGCUGUCCAAUGAGUCCACUUGUUCAAUACUCUGUUGCUGUGAGCUGAACUAACCACCCCGAGUAUAAACUCCACCUAUGUGAUGCUUUGAACUAACAGUGAAGAUUUACUUCAUUUUAUAACCAUCAAAUCGCCGAAGUGCCAAAAAUGUUAUGUUAGUACAGUUGCAGAUUUUCUUUUUCUAAGUUUACCAAUACGUGUUCCACUGUGUAAUGCAAGACAAGAAAUAAAAGACUGAAAAAUGUCA